GUGGGAAACAGCUCUUUCCCUCCGCCACCGCCGCCGCCGCCCCCCUCUCACCGGGAAUAAGGGGGGCCCCGUUGGGGGGUGACUUUGUAGAACGCAGAGCUCUUCUUUUGGGAAGGUUUGAGGGGGCGGACUAAGUGGGUUGGGGGCUGGUCUGGGCUUCCGCUCCCUCCCCUCUCCACGGAGUGUACUUGCGGUGCAAGGAGGCGCUCUGAGCCACUGCUCUGGGAAAGGAAGGAGGGCGAGGCGGCCUGGCCAAGUGAAGGGGAGACCCGUAGUGGGGAGCAGGGGGAGGAGGAGGCACCGAGGAAGGGAGGCGGGGGAGACUCCCUCGCUUUGCAGAAACUGCAAAAAACGAGGCAGGAGUUGGGUUUGUUUUUGUAGCUCAGGACGUGCUUCGCUUCUGGUGUGCCUAUGGCGGCCGCCCCAAUUAUCCCCUAGUCCGUCUUUCCAGGUGCUGCCCCCUCUCCACAAAGGGCCAUAGAACUGUAGAGUUGGCAGGGGUCCCAAGGGUCAUCUAGUCCAACCCUCAGCAAGGACCUCUGCUUGAAAACCUCCAUUGAAGGAAAAGCCACCAGCUUCCCAGGCAGUCCAUUCCAAUGUCAAGCAGCUGUCACCACCCGCAAGUUCUUAGUGUUUAGUCAGAAUCUCCUUUCUUGCAGUUAGAAUCAGGUGGUUCGGGUCCUGCCCUCUGGAGCAGCAGAAGACAAACUUGCUCCAUCUCCCCUUAAGGGGUCCCUGUGCCAGGCUGAGAAAAGGGGUGGUGCUCUAUCACUGAAUUAUGGUCAUUUCCCAUUACCUAAAUAGCAGAAUUCAGCAGAGUUGUGUUGCCACAACAGGCUUUAAUGAAUUCUAAAGCACAUCUUCAUUUUAGUGUAGAGUUGCUAUCUUGUUUUGCCCACAGAUACAAAGUUAACAUGAAAGAUUAGUGUAACAGUAGCUCAUUUGUUCAUAAGCUGGUGAGGUGCAGAUUUCCUGGUACAUGCUGUGGAAACUUUAAAUCUCAAAGUAGACUUCCCUAGAGAGUCUCUGCCAGCCAGAGUAAAUAAUACUGAGCUUGAGGGACAAACUGGCUGAAUUGGUCAUUUAAGGCAGGUUCCUCUGUUCCUUUGUAACACAGUUAAAAGUUAUCCUGAUGAGUUUGUAAACUGUAAAAGUAUCAAAUCUGAAGGCAACUGAGAACCACUUUGGCUGAAGGGAAGCCUUGAGUAUAGAUUUCCCUUGCUUGGCUUCUUCUAGUCUGGAGUGAACAUGGUAGCAAAGGGUUACUUUUAAAAAGGAAAGAAAGAAAGAAUAAGUGCAAGCAGCAUCAUGGCAAGUAGCACUUUCCGCUCCCGUUUAAAUCUAAAAGUCACUUUCUUAAAUGAUUUAGUUUCCAGGAGCAAGCGGUCCUUCGAAGAGUUUCAAGAGGAGGAGCAACCAGACACAAAGAGACACAAACUCUCCUGCUUGCCUUUUGGUGCACUUGCAGACCCUUCCUCAUCAAGCAAUGGAAUAGCAGUUUCUGCAGUGUGUUCUGUGACCACCAAUGGACAGCCUGAUAAUAGCAACACAGAUGACAUACUAGAUGACAGCUUACUGGAUCCUUCAGAUGGGGAACUCUCAGACUUUUCCACUGGACUCACUUCUGAAGCUGAAGAUGAACUUUUGUCAGAUAGUCAACCACGCUGCCCGGAGACCUCGAAUUCCAAAGCAUUUGAACCAGAUGCAGAACAUGAUAGAUUUUUGUGUGCAUUAGGAUCUUCUAAGCCUUCUGGUACUCUAGAUCUAGAGUCUAGAAAAACAGAGCCACUGUCUCCAGCUGACCCUUUAGUCUGUUCAAGUGCUUGCAGAAAUGACUCUGAAAGUCCAGAAAGUGGGAGUGACUUGAGCACAGGGUCUCAAAACCAAGCUGGAUUUGGUUUGGAUUCAAACAGUUCUGUUCUUCCAGAAGCUGUGCCAGUUGCAGCAGCUGCCUUGAGUCUGCAAAAAGAGAACAAUGUGUCUGAGGUAUUGGAUAAAGAAGCUGCUCAGGCAGUGGUAGACGAUAACUUGGAAAGCGUGAGACAACUCAUGGCGAAACCUGAGAGAGCUGAAGGGCCCUGCAAGGAACAGGCUUCCCUAAAUCAAAAUGACCUAGGAAAAGAGAGUGCAAACAGCCCACCACAAGAGGCUGGAGGAGAUUUGGGUUCUGCUGGCUUGCAUGAAGAAGCUGCACCAUCCUGUUCCACAUCCAUCGGUGAUCAAAGAAAGGCAUAUAUGGAAGGUCCCAGCAUCAAAGAGCCAAAUUGUCCUGUAAGGCCCCGAUAUCGGAUAUACAUUGAAGAGGCAAAACUUGAGUCCAGCAAGAACAAAUACAUCAAUGCUGUCCUUGCCCAUGCUCAGCAUGCUGAACUCAUAGAUGAAGUCAAUGAGUUGCAGCAGCUGAUGUUCACCGUGACUGCUGAAAACCGCUACGGGGAACCUGGAUUUGCACACCCAACAGACCUGACCGUAAGGAACUAUGCACAGCGAGCUAAGAGUACAGCCCACAGGUGUUCCCUUGACCAGUGGGUCGAUAGGAACAAUCGCAACCUCCGUCGUUUUGAGAGUGUCCCUGAUCGCUUCAGGCGCAGCCCUAUCCCAAGCUAGAAGUGUCUCACCAUUGAAAUUAAGUUGUCUUUUAUCUGCGCUUCGAAGUUGAUUGUCAGCUUCAUUAUUAUUAUUAUUAAUUUCAGUUUUUAAGUUAAGGCCAGUUUAUAGUUUGUUUUUGUUAGAAUUUUUUGUUCAAUUUGACCUUGAACUUGUCCUCUGCCAAAUGUUUUAUAUUUUGAUGUUUCACCAAGCAGUUUGAUACUGUAUGCUGUGGCAAUUUUUAUAAAUGCUUGUGCCUUUGAAAUA